UCGAAAUCAUCGAUCAGACAACUCAACACAGACCACAAUGUACAAGCUGGUGGUGUUGUUAUCCGUAGUAGCUUUGGCUGCGGCCAAGCCCAGCGUAGUGGCUUCAGUGGCGCCGUUGGCGUACUCUGCUGCCGUUCCUGCUGUAAGCUCAGUGUCGCAGUACAGCUCCAGCGUAGUGCACGGUGCCCCCGUGGUAGGACCAGCCGUCUACAGCGCGCCAUCGGUGGUCGCCCCUGCUUACGCCCGCUCAGUAGUUCCAGCCGUCGCCCCCGCCGUAGUCUCCGCUGUCAGCCCCGCCGUAGUGGGUGCUGUCGCUCAGGCUCCCAACUCCCCUGCCAUAGUCCUGGAUGCCGUCAACGGUGUUCCCCUUGACACUCCCGAAGUUGUUGCCGCCCGUGCUGCCCACUACCAAACUAGGGCUCUCGCCGCUCACGGUAUCCACAAGCGAUCUGUUGGUGUCGCACCGGUAGCCUACAGUUCCGUAGUUGCUCCAGUCGUAUCCGCCUACUCCACACCAGUGGUAUCUGCCGCUCCUGUGGUGUCUGCCCCAGUUGUUUCUUCUUAUGCUACCCCAGUCGCCUACUCUGCCGUCGUCCCUAGAGCUUACAGUGUCCAUCCCUGGUAAACUUAUACCUAAUUUUCUAAGUCUGAUCAAUGAUAGAAAUUAUGUAAAAAAUCACUGCCGAAAUAAAUGAUUUUGUAACGUAUUUUUAUUUCUUAUUAUUUAGUCAACUUAUUUUCCAUAUUGCAUCCUACAUACCUUUAUUUAACACAUA